CCCUCUCCUAUAAAACAUGCACUCUCUCCAGCCCUAGCCAACCAACGCAUCAUCCUUCGUCUCCGAUCAGCUCGACCACGCACAGCGACAGCUUGGGAAGCGAGCGAGGAGAGGCUUUACAGCUAGAGCGAGCUAGCGAGGUCGUUCAUCCGGGGAGAAAUGGAAGCCGCCGUGGGGUACGCCGACAACCUCAAGGCCACCGAGCUCAGGCUCGGCCUGCCGGGGACAGCAGACGACGACCACCGCCUGCCGUUGGCGUCGACGCCUAGGGGCAAGAAGCGCGCCGCGGAGGACGACGCCGCCAGCAGCGCCGACGAGCAGGACGCCGUCGAGGCCGCACCGCCGGUAGCCAAGGCUCAAGUGGUCGGGUGGCCGCCGGUGAGGUCGUACAGGAAGAGCUGCUUCCAGGCGGCGGCGAGCAAGAGCAAGGCCGCCGUGAGCUGCAACAACAAAGACGAGCCCACCACCAAGAACGCGGCGCAGGCUCCGGCCGCCGCCGCCGCCAACGGGUCACUGGUGAAGGUGAGCAUGGACGGGGCGCCGUACCUGAGGAAGAUCGACCUGAGGAUGUACAAGGGGUAUAGGGAGCUGAGGGAGGCCCUGGAGGCCAUGUUCGUCUGCUUCUCCGGCGGCGCCGCCGACUCCGCCAACCCGUCGGAGUUCGCCGUCACCUACCAGGACAAGGACGGCGACUUGAUGCUCGUCGGCGACGUGCCAUUCGAAAUGUUCACCAGCACAUGCAAGAAGCUGAGGAUCAUGAAGAGAUCUGAAGCCACAGGGCUAGGAUCACCAAGGCAAAUGAAGAUCUAAGCAUCAGCUUUUCAUUUCUUAUUUCUUUUUUUUUCUUCCCCUUUAUUAUUUUUGUUCAUCUGGGUUGUUCCCCAAGCCACAAAGGAGAUGAGCUUGGGACAUCAAAAGCAAAGCAUGCACAUGGAUGUGCUUCUGCUUUGUUCCAUCUUUAAUGUUAAACUAGUAGGGUUUUUCAUUUUUAAUUUUAGCAGCACAAAGGAGAUGUGGAGAUUUGAGUUAAACUCUCCAUGUGUAUGUACAAACGAAUUGAAGAAACAGUUAUAUAUUGAUUGUUGGUUACUACUACUUCAAAUCAUGUCAACAAGAUGGAAGAACUAUACAUGGCUCUCUCCUGCCUUUCUUUAUUUUCUCUUGUGGAUUAUACUAUCGUUUCGAUGCUAUUGUACUCGGU